GUCAAGCACCAAAACUAGGCUGCAGCUGAAAGGACUGCAUUCUUCCAAAGUCUAAACGCUGACCCGAAAUCUUCCACUUCACUGAACUCGUAUAAAUAAAUAAAUAAAUAAAUAAAUAAAUAAAUAAAGACACAGAAGAGGGAGAAUAAUAAAGAAAUAAAAACACACGAGGGGGAGAGCCGCACGCGGCUCUCAGGAUUAGUCGGUCAGUCAGAACGGACUAUUAAGUCCAGUGUUCGAAGUCUGGUCAGCCGUGUCGCCAUCACCGUGGUAACACGUGAAGUACAGGACGGCUUCAUCAGAGCUGAGAGAGAGGGGAAUACAGGCCGAGUGAACGGGUACAGGCCGGCUAAUUGCAAGUAUAAAGAUUACCGGCUGCCUCGCCAAAUUAAACACAGGUUUAACGUCAAAGUACAGACACCAAUUUGCUCCAUCAUCAUCAUCAAAAUAAUAAUAAUAAUAAGGUAUAAUUUAUUCUAAAAAAAAUGAAGAAAAAAGACACGAUGUAAGGGAGCAGGAGGUUUUCUUUUUUUAAAAAAAAUAAAUAAAUAAAGAGGUGAAAUGGAAAUGCAUUUAUAAGAAGAACAUGACCACACACACACACACACACACACACACACGAGCAUGGAUGAUUCAUUGGGAAGCUGUACAGUGUUCGCUUCAGCUAUGAAUUUCCACACAACCAGUUUGUGAGAUCAAUAUUCUGGAGACCCCAGAGAGAGAGAGAGAGAGGUGGAAGGAAAAAAACAAAAACAAAAAAAAACGGGAAGGAAAAGAUGAAUCAAAUACACAAGCACUACAUGCAUGUGCAAGGAAGGGAGAGUGGAAGACGGAAACGAGCGAGAGCGCGAGAGAGAGUGCACAAGAGGGAGGGAGAGAGAGAGAGAGAGAGAGAGAGAGAGAGAGAGAGAGAGAGAGAGAGAGAGAGAGAGAGAGAGAGAGAGAGAGUGUGCACAAGAGGGAGCGAGCGAGCGAGAGAGAGAGAAACAGCAGUGAUGAUCGAUGCCAGUCUGCCACCACUCUGUAGCAGUGAGAGGCUGCAACAAAAGCGCGGAAUAAAGGCUCUGCUGCUCUCGUCUCCAGUCGCCCUGCAUCUCUCCGAACACAACGCAGCCCCGACACAAGGUGCUGGCUCUGCCUGCCAUCAACAAGUUACGACUAAAGGACCCUCAGCCAUAAAAAAAAAAAAAAAAAAGAAAAAAAAAAAAAAAAGAAGAAGAAGAAGAGGAGUAUUUACUCUUCAAUUAAGCAACUGAGCUGACGACAUUGCGGUGGAAGGGGAAAGGGGAGGGAAAAUAAAGGGGGGGGGGACGACACUGUUCGCGAGGGUCGCGUUGGAUACAAAUCAAUUUGAAAAAGAUUAAGGAUUCCUGGAAGCAACAAGAAUGCCGGACCUUUCUUAAUUUGGGAACUGGAUAGAAAAAAAGAAAGAAAGAAAGAAAGAAAGAAAAAAAAAAAGCUACAAGGGAAUUAAGAAAAAACAAAAACAGAAAGAUACACGGACAAAACCGUACAACAUGGAUCUUGUGAAUUUGUUUCAGAGGAGACGGCUUGGCAUUGCUUUAGUUGAGAAGACCUUCAUUCGUUUCGUAUUUACUCAAAAGGCUUUCUUCCCCUUGGAUUUCCCGUCCAUCUGGCUGUUCCAAGGCUCUACGGAGAAAGACAGUUGAAUGCCACCGUCGAUGUUCACAAAAGAAUGGGUUUCCAUUCAAGGUGGCCAUUGGUGGGACAAGCACCAGCGGCACUUUGUGUGAUCAGCAUGCUACUGUGCCUGCCUCUCACAUCAUGCACAGCCUGUCCUCAGAAAUGCCGCUGCGAGGACCUACAGUUUUACUGCGACACGCAGGGACUCCUGGCGCCCCCAGACGGCGUGGACAGAGGAGCCCUGGGGCUCUCGCUCCGGCACAACAGCAUCCACGAGCUAAACCCCGAGCAGUUCUUCGGCUUCACCCAGCUAACCUGGCUCCACUUGGACCACAACCAAAUACUCAACGUGCAUGAGGAUGCCUUCCAGGGGCUCUACAAGCUCAAGGACCUGAACCUGAGCUCCAACCGCAUCACCAAGCUGCCCAACACAACCUUCAUCCACCUCAUCAACCUGCAAAUCCUGGAUCUAUCCUUUAACCAGAUGACUGCGCUGGAGCCCGAGCUCUUUCACGGGCUUCGGAAGCUUCAGAUCCUCCACCUGAGGUCCAACUUCCUGCGGACCACACCUGUCAGGGCCUUCUGGGACUGUCGGAGCCUGGAGUACCUUGGGUUGAGCAACAACCGGCUUCGGAGCCUGGCUCGGAAUGGAUUCGCCGGGCUAAUAAAGCUACGGGAGCUCCAUUUGGAACACAACCACUUGACCAAGAUCAAUCUGGCCCACUUCCCGCGUCUCGUCGCCCUCCAGUUCCUCUAUCUCCAGUGGAACAAGAUUAACAAUUUAUCAUGUACCAUGGAGUGGGAGUGGACCACUCUGGAAAAACUGGAUCUAACUGGGAACGAGAUACGCACGCUAACCCCUGAAGUGUUUGAAACUUUACCGAACCUAAAGGUUCUGCUGCUGGAUAACAACAAGUUGACCAGCCUUGAUACCCAAACCACGGAUAUGUGGAAGUCUCUGAACACCAUCGGGUUGUCCAGCAACCUUUGGGAAUGUACAAAAAAGAUUUGCAACUUGGCCAGUUGGCUUAGUAAGUUUAAGGGACGAUGGGAACAUUCCAUCCUAUGCCACAGCCCUGACUUCACACAGGGCGAGGAAAUACUAGACGCUGUUCAUGGAUUCCAACUCUGCCAAAACAUCUCAGCACCCGUCGUACUGACCAGCACCACCAUGGAGGCCACGUUACCCCAACAGUUCACUAGCUCCUUUUUUGGGAAUAUGCAGACGCCGACGCAGGACUUCUACCCUGAGGAUUUUGGGAGCUUUACCACCGUCACCACAACUACCACCACCACUCAAACCCCACAAACUACCAUGGCUACCACCACAGUGGAUGGGGAAAACGUUACCGAGGACUACGGCGCGAUCGACAACACCCUACUGACCCACAGAGUCAUCAUAGGUACCAUGGCCCUUUUGUUUUCGUUCUUUCUCAUCGUUUUUGUAGUGUACAUCUCACGGAAGUGCUGCCCUCCGACUCUACGACGGAUCCGCCACUGCUCCGCCAUUCAGAACCGGCGACAGAUGAGGACCCAGCAGAGGCAGCCGAUGGCGGACCUGGCCACACAGGUGCCCUAUAACGAGUACGAGCCGACGCACGAGGAAGGUGCGCUAGUGAUCAUUAACGGUUACGGGCAGUGCAAGUGUCAGCAGCUGCCUUACAAAGAGUGUGAAGUAUAAACAAUAUUUAUUUCUGCCGUUUAUGGGUUUCGCCAUUUCAACCAUUUCGAAAGAUACAGGGUUUGUUUCGGACCUUUUGGAAAUAAAUCAGCGUUGAUUCUUUAUACUGGUUUUGGAAGAAAAAAAAAUAAUAAAUAAUCAAAAUCAAUGAAAACCGGAAGGUCAGGAGAACGGAAUUGAAACGAGAUGAAUAAAGAAGCUCAAGUUUAUUUUUAUAGUAUGAAAGCAAAGUUCAUAUCAAGCUGGGGCAAUCAAUCUCAGAUGGUCAUACGUGAGAUUCGUCAUUAGUCGCUUAUCCAGCAGCACAGGAAAGACAAGAGAGAAACAAAGCCAAAAUCAUCUGGAAAGCUGAGGUCCAGAAGAAAAAAGAAAAAAAAUAAAAUUAUGUAUGAAACUGCAUUCUUAUUCUGAUAAAUGUUCCGAUUUUAUAUUGUGGUAAGACGUGCUGUUGCAUAUGAUGCGCAGAAACACGAAUCAGACGAGAGAGAGAGAGUUUUAUGGUGCACGUUAGACUACACUAUAGAUCUCAUCACUUUGAAAGAAAAAAGUAAAGAUGGCUGGAUUGGUUGGGUUCAAAAAAAAAAAAAAAGAAGCAUUUUUACUCGUGUUUUGUUUAUUUUUUAAAUUAUGGAGGAAGAGCA